AUCUGCAUAUAGUUAUUACGAUCAAAAAAUCUUCGCAUUCGUGAGAAUUCAUUGGUAAAGUUAGGGAUUUAAGAUGGCGUCGAUUGAAGUAAACUUAUGAAAUUGUGCUCUGGUAAAAAACGGUUAUGCUUUUAUCGUUUAUUGAAUAUUGUCAGUUCAUAGUUUUAAUCUAUAUUUAUGUAAUAUCAAUCUAAGAUUUUUAAUAAUUGAAACGUAUCUUUCGAAAAAAUUGAUUAUAAACUUUUCUCAAGUCCUGGACCUAUAAUGUCAGUAAUUACUUCUAAGUCAUGCCACGAGGAAGAAAAUUUGAAAUCGAUGGAAGAGGAUGAUUGGAAAAUACAGCUUGCAUUUUGUAAAUCACGGCAUAGUACAACAAUUGAGGGUGUAAAUUGUAUUACACAAACAUGGAGGAUGAAAGAACGAAUGAAAACUGUGAGCGUGGCUCUAGUUUUAUGUUUAAAUGUUGGCGUUGAUCCACCAGAUAUUGUCAAGACGCAACCAUGUGCACGUUUAGAGUGUUGGAUCGAUCCUUUAUCAGUGAGUCCACAGAAAGCAUUAGAAACUAUAGGUUCUAAUUUACAAAAACAGUAUGAACGAUGGCAACCAAGAGCUCGUUAUAAACAAAGCUUAGAUCCUACUGUUGAGGAAGUUAAAAAAUUAUGUACGUCUUUAAGACGAAAUGCAAAAGAAGAAAGAGUUCUUUUUCAUUACAAUGGUCAUGGUGUUCCUAAACCUACUAGUAAUGGUGAAAUAUGGGUUUUUAAUAGGACAUAUACACAAUAUAUUCCUUUGUCUGUAUAUGAUUUACAAACGUGGAUGGGUGCACCUAGUAUUUAUGUAUAUGAUUGUUCCAAUGCAGGUAUUAUUGUAGAAUCUUUUCAGCAAUUUGCAGAACAACAUGAAAAGGAAUAUGAGAUGGAAAAACAAGCAGUUCAACAAAAUCGUACAAGUGGAGUAGCAAGUGUUUCAACACCAUCUUACAAAAAUUGUAUUCAAUUGGCAGCAUGUGCGGCUAGUCAGAUUUUGCCUAUGAAUCCAGAUUUACCUGCAGAUAUAUUUACAUCAUGUCUUACAACUCCAAUAAAAAUUGCAUUGCGAUGGUUUGUAAUGCAAAAUACAUCUAAAUUGGUACCAAAAAUAUCGUUAGAUUUAAUUGACAAAAUUCCAGGACAAUUAACUGAUAGAAGAACAAUGUUAGGAGAACUUAAUUGGAUUUUUACAGCAAUUACUGAUACUAUAGCAUGGAAUACAUUGCCAAGAGAUUUAUUUCAGAGAUUAUUCAGACAAGAUUUAUUAGUAGCUAGUUUAUUUAGAAAUUUUUUACUUGCUGAGCGAAUAUUACGCUCGUAUGAUUGCACUCCAGUUUCUUGUCCAAAAUUACCAUCUACUUAUCAGCAUCCUAUGUGGCAAGCAUGGGAUUUAGCACUUGAUCUUUGCUUAGCACAAUUACCAUCUAUUCUUGAGAAUGAAGAUCAAUUUGUACAUUCGCCAUUUUUUGAAGAGCAAUUAACCGCCUUUCAAGUAUGGCUUACACUAGGUUCUAAAAAUCGUAAUCCACCAGAACAACUGCCAAUAGUUCUACAAGUAUUAUUAAGUCAAGUUCAUAGACUUAGAGCAUUGGAAUUAUUAGGACGUUUUCUUGAUCUUGGCCCAUGGGCAGUGAAUUUGGCUCUUAGUGUAGGCAUUUUUCCAUAUGUUUUAAAAUUACUUCAGAGUAAUGCUAAAGAACUACGUCCAUUACUUGUAUUUAUUUGGGCAAAAAUUCUUGCAGUUGAUAGUACUUGUCAAGCAGAUUUGGUACGAGAUGGAGGGCAUAAAUAUUUUUUAUCUGUUCUUCAGGAUACUUCAAUACCAAGUGAACACAGAACAUUAGCAGCAUUUGUUUUGGCUAGUAUUGUGAAUGAUUAUCGACCAGGUCAGAUUGCUGCAAAUCAUGGUAGUCUUGUUUCUAUUUGUUUAGAACAACUUGGAGAUUUGAAUGCUUUAUUACGACAAUGGUUAUGUUUAUGUCUUGCAAGACUUUGGCAUAAUUAUGACAAAGCAAGAUGGUGUGGAGUCAGAGAUAUUGCCCAUGAGAAAUUAUUUACAUUAUUACAAGAUCCAGUUCCUGAGGUCCGAGCAGCUAGCGUUUAUGCUUUGGGAACAUUUAUAAACAGUGUAACAACACGAAGUGAGCAUGCAAAUAAUAUUGAUCAAAUCAUAGCUAUGACUCUUAUUAAUACUGUAUCUUAUGAUAUGUGUCCCUUAGUUAGAAAAGAAUUAGUAGUAGCACUUCAAUGGAUGGUAUUACAUUUUGAAAAUUCUUUUGUAACUUUAGCAUUGGCUGAAGAAAAUAGCAGAAAAGAUUUAGUAGUAGAGACAUUAUCACCAUUUAGUGGAAUGAGACGUAUUAGUUCUAGGGAUAGAUUAAAAAUGCUUUCUCCAAAUAACACAUAUAAUCCAGAAAAUACAGAUGGAUUUGGACAGGAUCGUAUUAAAAGAGUGUCAUCAUCGUCAUCUAUUAGUAGUUUAGGAAAUAAUUGGGAGUUCGUGAGGAAACCUUGCGAGUCACUUGGACACAGUUCUCUUGGAAAUUUACCAAGUCUUUCUUAUGGUAGUGUGUAUAUGAAAUUAUGGCAUGGAUUAUGUAGUCUUGAUAAUGAUCCUCAUCCUGCGGUUGCUAGUAUGUCUCAAAAAGUCACUAAUCACAUUCGAAAUCAGGUCAAAGAAUCUUCUGUACCUAAGGAAGUAAUUGAAACAAAAAUAUCUUCAUCACUAUCUCUUCCACCUUCUCCAUCAAAUCGUACUACAUAUUUAAGUAAUAGCAAAGGAGACUCACCGCCUACUGUAAAUUCUGGAACUGAUCUAUUACGUUCAUCAAGAAUACCAUCACAUAGUAAUCGUUCAAGAAAACCAAUUCCUAAUACAAUAUCAGAAGAAGCAGAUGAAGUUGUUGGAAUAAAAACAGCAUUAACAACUUCACAAUUCGUUGAAUGGAGUUGUGCUCAAUUUGCCCAGCCAGUUAGUUUAGAAACUGAAAUUGAAUCGAUGAAUGAUAUGGAAAGUAGAGUUCAUUAUGAAAGAGAAUGGCGGUACUUAAGAAAUAAAAGACAAAAACGUGAAGCAAGAGAAGAACAGUUACGUGCAAUACAAAGUAGAGUAGAAUUUCAAAUAUUUCAUACAAGAUGUUCACAUUCUCCAGAAGUUUUAAUAUUUCAUCCUUUCGAACCUCAUUUGGCUGUAGCAUUGAAAGAUUUCUUUGGAGUAUGGGAUUAUCAAACUGGUGCAAAAUUGACUUAUUGUGCAAGUCAUGGUAAUAAAAUGUCACGUAUUACAGCACUAGAGUUUAUUAAUGCUCAUGAUGUGACUUUAUUAAUGGCUGGUUCUGAUGAUGGUUCAGUUAGAAUAUGGAAAAAUUAUAGUAGUAUGCUAAAUCGCGAUCCAGUUUUACUUACUGCUUGGCAAGCAAUGGCUGAUAUACAACCUGCAGCAAAAACAACCACUGCUGGAUUAGUCACUAAAUGGGAGCAAAAAUCGCUUACAUUAGCUGUGACGGGCGAUGUUCGCAUUGUUAGACUUUGGGAUGCAGAAACUGAAUUAAAGAAACAAGAUAUACCAACAGGUGCUGAUUGCUGUGCUACAUGUAUUGAUGUUGAUGGUGUAGGUGCAAUGAUGGUAGUAGGAUGUGGAGAUGGUUCAGUUCGUUUAUUCGAUAGAAGAUUACCUCCAUUAGAAUCAAGAGUUAUGAUUUGGAGAGAGCAUACAGCUUGGGUGUUAGAUACAUCUUUAAGAAAAUGUGAAAGAUCUACACCACAAUUGUUCACUGGAUCAUCUUCGGGAGAUAUUAGAAUAUUUGAUCUUAGAAAAAAUUCCUCUAUAAAUACUGUACAGAUAACACAAGGUAUUACAGCAUUGUCAGCACAUGAAAUGACUGAUAUAUUUGCAUGUGGAUCAACAAAUCACUGUAUAAGUGUAUAUAAUACAAUGGGUCAACAUUUAAACACAAUAAAAUUUCAUGAAGGAUUUAUGGCCACUCGUAUUAGCCCUGUAAGUUGUUUGAGUUUUCAUCCUUAUCGUGUAAUUCUAGCAGCUGGUUGUGUAGAUAGUACUAUUACAGCAUAUGCAUCUGAACCACGCAGAUGACUAACAGAAAUGGAAUUGUUGUAAAAUUAUCAUUACAAAUGCAAAUCUAUAGUACUUGAUAUUUUUAGCAUUAAAAGUCAAUAAAAAGAAAUAUUAAAAGCGUAAUAUUGAAUAUUUGAAAAAAUCAGAAGAUGAAUUCUUAUUUUUUAUGUUUUUUUACUGCGUUUUUUCAUAUGUGAAAACGCUAUUCUUUGGAAUUAAUUCAUGUAGCGAAACUAAUAGUUUAUGUGAUUAUAAAACCUGUGAAUAAAUUAACCAAAGUCUUUAAAGACGACCAAAGAAAAGCUCGAUAAUACAAAUUACAUUACAGCAAUGUAAUAUUUUAAAACGCAGUUGAAAGAAAUUUGAUAUUCUUACAAAUAAUGAUGCAUAAUAUAUGCAAAUGUGAUGCAACGAAAAAAAAUUUGAAUGCAUGUAUGAAUGUGUUUAAUAUUUAAUAAAGCUUAUAAUAUUUAUAA